AUACAGGGCCGCCAUCAGGGGGGCACUGGGGGACAGGCCUUGCUGCGUUUCCUGGAUAAUCCAGCCCUCCUUGAGCUGCCCAAGUAGGAGCCGUGCCCAAGUAGGAGCCACUGCUGAAGUAGGAGCCAAAAGUCACAGAAAGAGGAAGAAGAAAGGUGCGGGAUCCGCAUUUGGAAGAUAUAACUACGCGAAAUUAUAACAGUAAUGCGAAACAAAACCACAAGACAGCGUCCCAGAAUCCUAACUGCUUAAUUGAAGCCGAACACGUGACUCGCUAUUCGCGCCCAUAACAUUACUUGGGAGGAUUGGGCUCGUCCGGGAAAAUGAUAGACGCGCGUGCUAACCAAUCGUGGUACAGGAUUUAUGUCAACAUUAACAACACUAGGCAAAGCGAGGAGUCGUCCUCUCGGUGGGCGGGGUUUCCUUAGAGCGUGCAUAACUUGACAGCGCUGGCAGUAGGUAAGGUUCUAAUUGAAGGAAACAAGCAAUGUUUGACUAUGGAUACUCCAAACACCAGUCUGUCUGCUCAGGAUUCUUUAGAUCUUCCAGCGGAGCAAAGUAGUGAAAAUCCUUCUAAUGAUCGGGGUGCCAAACACAGUGAAGCAGGUAUCUAUUCAUCUGAUGAACAAUAUACAUCCUUCAGCAGAGAUUUGUGCAGCGGUGAACCAGCAGAUCCAGAAUCUAGGAAAAGAUGUGAGGCACAUUUGUGGCAGUUAUUUCAACUAGUAGAAAGGCAGUGUCAAGAUCAAAUUUUUGCUCAGCAAGAACAGUUUAAUAACCAGAUACAGAUAAUACGUGAUGAAUUGAAACACUUCAUCCAGUUACAGAGCAAUAUAUCUCCUACAAAUUCUUCCACAGAGAAUCCAUUUUUGACAAUGGAAGGUAAUAUUGACGCAAAACAUUUCGAUGAUCAUCAGGAGCAUCUGAAAGAACACAAGAUGCAGGACGUUCCUACUAGUCCCUUACCUAUGACUGAUGAUCUUGAUAUGCAGUAUAAAACUUUUAUUACACAAGAGCAAUGUGUGGAGAAUAUAUCUGUUAGCAGUGGCUAUGGAACACGUUCAGUCUCAGAACCACAUACUUGCUCUACCAGUUAUAGUCACAGCAUUUUACGGGAUGGCAGGAAGCAUGGUAAACAACGCUCAGAAGAAUGCAGAGCAGUAUAUCAGCCUUGCAUACCUGGUUCUAGUAACAGGGUUGAUUUACCAGUAGCAGAGAUACAAUCAAAGGAAGUGUUGUUUACAAUGGAUCAUAACUUAUCUGACAAUACAUACAGGAGGAAUAAUAAAGACAGAUCAGACAAUAAACCUUUAACAACCUGGGCUCAAAAGUUUAAGCAGAGUCAUCAAAAGAAGCUUCAUUUGACUGAUGAGGCCUCUGUCCACUCCAUUCACACAGGUGACAGGGAUGCAGUUACCCAGUCUGAAAACACUGAUGGUUCAUCAGAUGCCUUUUACCUCAAUAACCGCUCUGCCAGUGCCAACUCUUUGGUUUCUACUGGAUCUGGAUUUACAUAUUGGACUUUGGAUGAGAAGGAGAUGUACCACCCAUUGCCAGAAAACUUGGAUACUGGACUUUCCAAGUUUUUUUCCACUAAAGAGUCUGAUGAAACAAGAAUCCCAUCCCUAACAGAUCUGUACCAGCAAAAACAAAGAGAAAGUGUCCACUAUCCUGACUGGAAAUUGUUAUCACCCUCAGAAUAUAUUCAUCCUCCAGAGGUGCUAACACUGGAUCCAACUCUACACAGGAAACCACUCCAGAGUUCUGUAUACCGUAUAAUCCCUUUUACUCCAGACUCCAUUUUAGAAAAUUCAUCUUUCAACCAUUACAAAGCAGCAACAGUAUCUGCUGCAACCUCUGUCUCAUCUUUGUUAGGCGACUCUCCAAAUAGCAAUGCAAACAGCCCAUUAGAAGUGUUUGAAGAAUGGAAAUCUAACUUACACCAAAGCAGUGUAAAUCAAGAUUACAAGCUGAAUCUUGAUCCCUUGCCAGACGAGAGAGCAGUUUAUAUUGAUGAUGAAAUAAACAGUUUACCCUCUUCACCAAUGGCUCCAUCACCUUUACCAGCUGAGAAAAAUACAUCAGAAUCAACUGCAAACUUCUCUAUGGACCAUCCUCUUGUCCUAUCCAACAUCAGGCAGAGUUUAAGGGAAAAGCACGCUCGACAUUUGGCAGAUUUGCGUGACUAUUAUGAGUCUGAGAUCAGUAGCCUAAAGCAGCAGCUUCUUGUCCGAAACAAAUCACCAUCUUCUGAAGAACUUAAUAAAAUUAACAGUCUUUCAGAAAGAUGCUGCCAAUUAGAAGCAGCUCUAACAGAAGCCAGCACUCGAAUCCACUUUCUUGAGAAUAAAAACCAUGAACUUGAUAUGCAAGUGGCUGAGUGGAAAGAGCGGCAUCAAACAGCCAAUAAUACCUGUAAAGCGCUACAAGAACACUCAGAGGAACUGCGAGCAAAAAACAAAGAAAAUGAAAACUCCAUAAGCAGAUUACAGUCUAGGCUGAAAGAAAAAGAAGAAGCCUUUGAGAAAUCAUUCAGACUAUCUGAAGAAAUGGAUGCUAGAAUUAAGAAAGAACACAAAAAGUUUCAAAAUUUUCUAUCAGAAUAUGAAUCUCUUGGAAAGGAACAUGAACGUGUAAAAGACACGCUACAUUUCACAGAGAAUAAAUUAUGUGUUGCACAUGAUGAAAUUCAUGAACUAAAAAGAUCAAUUGUGAAGCUGGAAGGUCAAAUUAAACAACUAGAGCAUGAACAUAUGGUAAAGCUUCGUCAAUUAGCCGAAGGCCAGAUAUGGCAGUCUAGUGCUAAGUGUGAAAUAGUUGGCAUAGCUGAAAAUGUGCAUCCAGUGGAUGUGACAAGACGGAAAUGUGUGACACCUGGAGCAGCAUGCUCAGUCUUUACUGACCAUACUCUUGAUAACAAAGCUAGUGAGGUGGAGAAUAUGUCUGAAGUGGAGUACGUGCCAAAGAGGUACAGUUCUCCUCCAGAAAAGGAUGUUUCAUGUGACACUUUUUCAUCUAAAGCCAAAUGGAAAGACUGUGAAAACCAGGAGAGCCCCAUUCUAAAGGCUUUGAGAGAUUUGGAAGAAGAUAAGAAAAUGAAAAGCUGGGGCACCCAAACAACAAAGGAGAAUGUUGUUUCUAAGUCUGGCAGGAGGCAGACUGUUGAGUUCUCAGGCUGCUGGAGCCCUUGUGGAUCUCCUGGAAAACAUACACAUCGUCAUGAAAGACUUAACUCUCCUUCUAGUCCCAGGUCUUCUUCUGUACCACCAUCUAACAGGAAAUCAACUGUUGUUACUCCAACAAAGCGGGAGCUGAUGCUCGCACCUGUGUCAGUAAAAUACAGCCCAAAACGAUCUCCAAGAGAGAACUUUUCUCCGGGUUUAAGCCAACUACUAAGUAAUGACGAAGACAAUAUGACAAGAUUUGAUGUUGUUUGGGACGAUUCUCUUAAAAACCCAAGUCCAAGGAAAAAACUUGAGUUCAUGUCUUUGGAAGAUCCAGAAGUAAUGCAGAAGAGUACUAUUGAGAGUGAGAGCAGCAGCCAGCCACAGCUUCCUAUAUUAUUACCACCAUAUGAGACUGAAUUCACAUACAAAGAUAGGAUGAAGUAUGUUGCAGAUACUGAAAGGCUGUUUGAUGAACUAUCCCAUGAAAAGCAGCAGAUAGAAGCUGCCCUAAGCCGAUUACCCAGUUCUGGAGGGAGGCUCAGUCUGCAAAUGAGAGUUAAGAAGGAAAGGUUAGAAGACCGUCUUGAAAAGAUCAACCGAGAUCUAGGUUCAGUCCGGAUGACCCUGAAAAAAUGUCAUGUUUUGCCAACAUCUACAAACAUAUAAAACUGUGGCAGCACCCAUGUGAUUUAAUGUACUGGAAAAAUGGUGUGUCUAACUAUGGCUACCCAGCCCAGGCUUUUGGUAUGCCAAACUUUAUUCAGCUUGGAACUGUUUUUAUACUCUCUCAGAGCUGAAGUUAUAUUUUUGUUACGCAGGUUUGGAACGAAACUGUACAUUGUAUAUUUUAGUAUCUAAAGAAAACCUUAUUUUUUAAUUGUUUACAAAAAAUUAUAUAUAUAUCUACUACAUAAAUGUAUGUAGGAUAUAUGUAAUUCUACCAAAUAUUUUUUUUGUAUAGAGAUACCUCAUGUGCUGAACCAGUGGCAUAUUCCUGGCACAUAUAUAGAGCUUAAUGUAUAUGCAUAUAUAUAAUGUUUUUCAUUUUUACUUGUUUUCACAUGUAAAAAAAAAGUCAGCUCUCUGCUAUUAAUGUAUCCUGCACUUCUCUUUGUGUAUCUUUGUAUAUCAUGGCACUAUACAAAGAAAAAAAUGAACACGAUACAGCAAUAAAUAUUUUAUACUGUG